AGUUCUUUUCACGAGUCAGAUCAGAACCUAUAAAACAAACAAAUAAUUAUAGUUUAUAAAUAAAAAGAGAAAACCACCUUCAGUUACGUAAUCAUACACACACAGCUUUCACCAACUUCCACUCUCACCAAUUCGUCGCCAUGGCUUUCACCAAUGCUUUUCUCGCUCCUUCAUUCACCGUCCACGCUGGUAGGGUUUCCGAUCCGCUCUCCAUUCCUCUUCUUUCUCCUCCCUCUGAUGCUUUCUUCCGAUUCCGACCAUCCUUCCCCAGGGACAAGAACAUUCUAUGUGCUUCUGCUUAUGAUUUGAAUGCAGUUGGUUCAGCUUCACUGAAAUCCAGUGACAAUCCUGAUCGUGUUCCUAUGCCAAUAGUUAUGAUAGAUCAAGAUUCAGAUUCCGAAGCAACAAUUGUGCAGCUUAGUUUUGGUGAUCGUCUUGGAGCUCUUCUUGACACGAUGAAAGCAUUAAAAGAUUUGGGAUUGGAUGUUUCUAAGGGAACUGUCUCCACAGAGGGAUUAGUGAAGCAAACAAAAUUUUUUAUUACACAAUCAGACACUGGGCGUAAAGUUGAAGAUCCUGAUAUGUUAGAGAGAAUUAGACUUACCAUUAUUAACAAUCUGUUGAAGUAUCACCCGGAAUCCAGUGAACAACUCGCUAUGGGUGAAGUGUUUGGCAUAAAGGCUCCUGUGAGGAAGCGUGAUGUUGAUAUUGCAACUCAUAUACAAGUUAAGCAAGAUGGGCCCAGGAGGAGCUUGCUGUACAUAGAGACAGCAGAUAGGCCGGGAUUGCUAGUUGAAAUCAUUAAGGUCAUUGCAGAUGUGAACAUUGAUGUUGAAUCGGCUGAGAUUGAUACAGAGGGUUUGGUAGCUAAGGAUAAAUUUCAUGUCAGUUAUGGUGGGGCUGCAUUGAACAGUUCAAUGUCUCAGGUUCUGGUGAACUGUCUGCGUUAUUACCUUAGGAUGCCAGAGACAGAUAUUGAUAGUUACUGAAGAUACCUGGAGGAACCACAUUUACUUAUAAAAUAAGCCAAUGUAACGGUUCUUGUAUCAAAUCGCCAGUGAGCUGGAGAUGAGUCAUACAUCUCAAUUUUAAAUCUGGUUCCCUUACUGCUACGAGAUUAUGGAAUGAAUACAUACAUGUAACUGAAUGGUCGUCCCUAAAGCCAGAUGUGAAAGAUAAAAUAUCGGAACACUUGAAUUUUGCCUCAUUUCCUCAAGGUUUCUAUGAAUUGUGAUUUUAAUUUACUUCAUGCUUCAAAACCACUUGACAACUACAUGACAUAUAUUUGUGGAUGAAAAU